GACGUUCCGUGCCGCGGCCGCCGCUUCUUUCACACUUUAGUUGGGAGCCGCGCGCCGCGCUCAGUUACUGGAGAGAGCUGGCCGCGCGCCGCCGCCUCCAGCACGCACGCACCCGGGCCGGGCUUCGGGGGCUUCGGGGCUCUUACCCCCGGCCUCUUGGAGGAGGGGGAGACCGGGACUCACCGUGGGGAGGAGGAGGAAGACAAGGAGGAGGAAGGAAGAAAACCCGCCAGGAGGACCGGGGCGGGGGGCGGGAGGCUUGCCACCUUCAGCCCCCCCGCGAGCGCCCAAGAGAAGUCGAAAGGAAAGAGGAGCCUCAAAGUCAGAGAGGAGUGGCAAGGGAAAGUCACUCUGCCUCACAUUUGAAUAUUACCCUGGAUAAAAAAAGGUCCCUUUGUGUACAUAUCACAGCUGCUUCCUCCUUCCUCUCAGGUGCACCCAUCUUGACUGACUCAGCAAGAAGGUGGAUUUUCCCUGUGUCUAAAGAAAAAAAACAUGUCCCCGUGUCUGUAGAGAUGAUUUGCAGUUCAGCCCGGCUGAAGCUGACCGAAUGAGACUAUGGGCUGUGCCUCCGCCAAGCAUGUUGCCACUGUUCAAAAUGAAGAGGAAGCCCAGAAAGGGAAGAACUACCAGAAUGGAGAUGUGUUUGGUGAUGAGUAUAGGAUCAAACCGGUGGAAGAGGUCAAAUACAUGAAAAAUGGGGCAGAAGAGGAGCAGAAAAUAGCAGCCAGGAACCAAGAAAACUUGGAAAAAAGUGCCAGUUCAAAUGUAAGACUUAAAACUAAUAAAGAGAUCCCAGGAUUAGUUCAUCAACCCAGAGCAAACAUGCACAUCUCUGAAAGCCAACAAGAAUUCUUCAGAAUGCUGGAUGAAAAAAUUGAAAAGGGUCGAGAUUAUUGUUCGGAAGAAGAAGAUAUCACAUAGCACCAAUCCUACCAGUCAAACCGGGAGCUACUACUGUGUAAAUAGGUUACACCCCAGUUGAAAUCUUUGCAAAGGUUGGUUCUCUUCAGCGAACAGCACUAUAGCAAAAGAAGAUCGUUCCAUAUCGUAUGCCCCAUUAAAUUACAGUGUUUCUUAAUGAACUUGCAAAGGAAUAUUGCUAAAAACAAACAAAAACUGUUAUCGAACUUUCUUUGUUGCUGCUAGUUAAAACUUGUUGCAACUUUUCACUUCUCUCAGUGUCCAGGUCUGCAGCAAAAUUCUGCAAUUUCACCUUAAAGAUACUGUUGGGUUUUACAGAUGCUCUCCAACCUAUUUUCUAAAAGAUGAGGUAGUGGUGAACUCAGAUGUCCAGCUUCUAUUCUAGACUGGUUCCGCUUCUAAGACAAGCGCCUCCUUCCCCCUCCCUCCCUGCCUCCCCCAGCAGUCCAGAGCCUUGCUUCUCACUGGCAGUGUUGCGCUUUGGAGAUGGGAUGGUUGCUAUGGCAAGCCUAGUUUCUCUGCUAAGAAGAAGUAGAGACGCUAUUAUCAAUUCCAAGCAUGUCGUGACAUGACUCCUGGAAGUGACAUAGGAGCGAGCAGCAGGUGGUUUCAUUUCCUGGGUCUCUUAAUCAAAGAUCAAGCUUGCAACAUCAGUUUUGCUCAGAUGCAGACGGAAGUGUGAUCACAAUCAUUUUGAAUCCCUCUUGCCCACUUUUUUUUCUAAGAAAAUAAACAUUUUACUGUUUUUAUGUA